UCCUGAGGUUUCCUUUUGUUCCCAGGGCAGAAAUGGUGGUGCCAGAAUUCCUGGAACUUUUCAAGGAAAGAGCCACAGCUCCGUUCUUCGUUUUCCAGGUUUUCUGCGUGGGGCUGUGGUGCCUGGAUGAAUAUUGGUACUACAGUGUCUUCACCCUCUCCAUGCUCGUGGCUUUUGAGGCCUCWCUGGUGCAGCAGCAGAUGAGGAACAUGUCAGAGAUCCGGAAAAUGGGGAAUAAACCCUACAUGAUCCAGGUCUACAGGAACCGGAAGUGGCGCCCGAUUUCCAGCGAUGAGAUCAUCCCAGGGGACAUCGUCUCCAUUGGGCGCUCUCCCCAGGAGAAUUUGGUGCCCUGUGAUGUUCUCCUGCUGCGGGGUCGCUGCAUCGUGGACGAGGCCAUGCUCACCGGGGAGUCCGUGCCCCAGAUGAAGGAGCCGGUGGAGGGUCGGAGCCCUGAGCACGUCCUGGACCUGGGAGUGGACGGGCGGCUCCACGUCCUGUUCGGGGGCACCCGGGUGGUGCAGCACAUCCCCCCCCAGCGCGCCUCCGCCGGCCUCAAACGUGAGAAUUCCCAAAAUUCCCAUCCCAAAAUUCCAGGGAAUUCACUACAGUGGGUGGGGAACCUGUGUGAUCGAAUUCCUGUCCGAAAUUCGUGGGAAUUCACAAAAACCG